UGUGAAAAAAAAGUGGAAAAUUUUGCUAAAGUCAAGGAAAAAGUGGAAAUGAUGUCAGCAAACAAGGAGAAAAAUGGGAAGAGCUCCAGAAAAUCCAUCUCAAUUGAUGAGAAACAGGCCAUUAUUGCAAUGAAGGAUGAAGGGAAAAGGCCAUCAGAGAUUGCAGCAUUCUUCAACUUGCCCAGGUGCACCAUUUCAACUAUAUUGGCCAAGAAGGAUGCGAUCAAAAAUGCGAAAGUGGCCAAAGGAGUGAGCAGAAUCUUCGAAAAAGGCCGCAGGGGACCAUUGAUGGAUCAAAUGGAGAUUGCUCUCCUCGCAUGGAUUGAGCAGAGGGAGAAAAACCACGACAUCACUCCUGACUACCUGAUCAUGGAACACGCCAAGAGGUUGUACGGGGAGUUGGAGCAGCAGUAUCCAUCAUCAUCUUCCUUCGAAUUCCACGCCACAAAGGGGUGGUUCCACAACUUCAGAAAGAGGACAAAAAUCCACAAUGUCCGUUUGCUCGGGGAGUCUGGUGAUGCGGAUGUCGAUGCUGCGGAAGUCUGCAAAGAUGAGAUCUGGAAUAUAGUGCAGGAAGAAGGCUACUCCAUGGAGCAAAUUUUCAAUGUCGACGAGACAGCUCUUUUCUGGAAGAAAAUGCCCAAUAGGACCUAUAUUACCGAAGAUGAGAUGAAAGCCCCUGGACCGAAACCUAGGAAAGAUCGGCUGUCGCUCCUAUUGGGAGCGAAUGCUUCCGGGACAUUGAAAUUGAAGCCUCUGCUAAUAUAUCAUUCAAAGAUGCCUCAUGCAUUCUCCCGUCAGAAAAUUGAUGUGACGAAACUCCCGGUGACAUGGGUCAGCAAUAAGUCAUCGUGGAUGACGAAGGGGAUUUUUGAGAAUUGGCUUGUUGAUUCCUUUGCCCCAGAAGUGAAGGAGUAUCUCCUUUCCAAAAAUCUUCCUCUUAAAGUACUCCUGCUCUUAGAUAACGCACCUGGGCAUGGUAAGGAGGAAGAAAUACAAGAGAAACUCCCUUCAUUCAUCCGAAUAAAAUUCCUUGCACCCAACACCACAUCCAUACUACAGCCGAUGGAUCAGGAAUGCAUCGCAACAUUCAAGAAGAUCUAUCUGAAGCUAGUAAUGAAGAAGUGCUACGAAGUUUGUGAGUUCUCCAGCGAGGUCCACAUCUCACUGAGGGAGUUUUGGAAGAAGCACUUUGACAUCCUCGUGGCUGUGAAGAUAAUUGGUGAAGCUUGGGAUGCAGUGACACAAAAUACAUUGAUUCAUGCGUGGAAGAAAUUGUUUCCGGCACUUGCUCAGGAUCAAGAUGAGUCUCUUGAACCUAUGCCACAGUAUCACCUCCUGGAAGAAACAUUGGUGUUCGCACGACAUCUUGGGUUUGAUCUCACAGUGGAUGAAUUGCUUCAGUACGAGAAGGAGCAUGACACAGAUCUUUCCCUUGAAGAUAUUCAAGGUUUGAUUGCUGCUAAUGAAGAAGCUAAUCUUCCAGAAACUGUAAAGUCAAUCUCGAGUGACAGACUCAAGGAGGUGCUGAAUCAAUGGAACAAUGUGAAGUCUUCAAUAUUGACGUUGUAUCCCGACAACUCAGAGAUUAAAGCAUCCGUGCAGAAUCUCGACGAGACAGCGAUCAAUCCCUUGCGAGAAGUUCUGAAAGACAAACAGAGGCAAAGUACAAUUUUUGAAUUCUUUCAUAAAGCAUCUGUUGCUUCGACUUCCUCUACGUCUUCUCUCUCUGCUACAGCCUCUACUUCUUCUACAUCUUCAAGUGGGUAUUGACACGUGAUUUACAACAAGCUAAGGAAGCUCUAAAAAAGAUUUCAAAAAAUAAAAUGAAGUGAUUUUGAAAUAACUUUUUUUUAAUUUGUUCCUCUAACAUGUUUGGUACAUUAAUUUUUCUAAUCCUUUUUGGCAAAGGUUACUUAUGAUUGAUUAUCUUUUGUCGCAAAAAUUUCUUUUGCUGUGUAUCCUGAAUGCAUAAAUCAACAAGCGAUGAAUGUUACCUGCCAAUGAGAAAGUAUUAUCCAUUUUUUUUGUCAUAGACUACUGACAAAUUCUACAAAAUCUUUUAAUAUGUGACUCUCACGAGAAUAAAAUGACAAAAUUCUUAGGGCAGAGAGAGAGGCACAAUGCAUUUCAUAGUGAACCUAUGAGGUGUUGGCGCAUCAAUGAGGUAUUUAUUUAAACAAAGCACCCAAUUAUCAGUGGCGUCUGGACAAAGAGCACAGCCCAUGGCACUAAAACUGUCUCUUCCAGACAUUUAAAACAAAAUCCUUUCCGACUGACCAGAAACGCGAUUUUAUUUUGACUCUUUUAGCAGCAUCUUCUUCAGUUCACAGCGAUUUGUAACACGAUCAAUAACUGGUUUCUCUUUCACCUGUUUUCCUGAUGACUUAUUACCUCCUAAACGCUUUUCAUUUUGAAUUCUCUGUUCAAGAUAAAAUUUCACAUCCCAGGACAAAUCUGAAUCUUUCCCUGCAGGAUUAACCGUUCAAACAUCUCAUGGAGUACACAACGAAGAUUGUGUCUGGGAGAAAGAUUUGAAAUUUAGCCUCGGUUGUGAAUUAGACCGCAAGUUGUUCCAUCGCAAAUAUGAAUGUUGCCACACCAUAGACAAUCACAAGACGUACCAACUAUCAGGAGAAUGGCAGUGUUGUUGUGGUCAGCAAAUGUUUCACAGGGGAUCCACAUUGUAUAAUUAUGCUUCCGGAUUUCAACAUCUUUAUCCUGGUUGACGUAUUAAACCCUCAAAUAAAACAACCCUUUGAUACUCAGCUGGCGAAUCCAUUCCACGGUGUUCUCUUGAUUUUUCUGAUAGGAACUAAAAUGAAAGAAAAAAAACUGGUCAAAGGAAAUUCAUAAAGACAGCUGAUGAAAGUUUUUGAAUGAAAAAUUGUGGAGAGAUAAGAGGGAAGCAAUAUAUACAGACAAUUUUUCCUUACAUACCUUGAUUUCUCUGCUCAUUUCUUGAUUUUCUCUAAUUUUACUGCUCUUGCGGUGUUUGGUGAGGCUGGAUACCCAUUAUAAAGCAGCUGAACGUUGCAAACCGGAAGUCUGGAAGAUUGGAGAAGCAAAUUUUCAACAUCGAUGUGAGAAAUGGCCAGACGGAAGAAUGUUGUGUUUUCUUGUUGUUUUGCGGUAGUAUUCCCUUGAAAUCCUCGAAUAGAGCUAAAAAGAUAACAGAUUGUGGGUAUAAAUAAUGAUCUUUCACACCUAAACUAUAGCACAUAGCACGGCAUCUCCACUAACCUGCCUCCUCCAGUCCAUCCUCGCAGGAAAACAAUCAAACUUAACCUCAAUUUUUAUUUUCACGAUCGGCUGGCAACGACAAAGUGACAUCUCAUCGGGAAACAUGGGAAACAUCGGUGUGGUGAUUUUCGAUCGAAAAUUCACCACUUCGAUGGAGCCCAAGAAAAUUUUAUCAAAAUUGCGUGAACAGUGAAAAAUGAGUUUUUUAUUAAUAAAUUAUUGUAAAAAUAGCCUAAAAAGUUUGUGAAAAGAUAGUU